AGGGGGGCCCAGCCUGGCAGGCGGUGGCCCAGGUGAGCCCGGGGGCGGAGUUUGGGAGCCUGGGAGGAGUCUCGGGCAGGAGAGGGCGUCAUUGUGUGAUGGGGGAGGGGAUUGGGGAGCAAAGGCGGUAGGGGUCCUAAGUGUGGACACGGCGUGAUGAGAAGAAAGGGUUAAAUCAGCCCAGGGGCUUCAGCUGCUGGACAGAGCCUCGGUCUUGGGACUAGGAGGACCGCCCCCCUACUCUCCCCCCAGUAAUCCGGAAGCAGGAAGUCUUUGAGCUGCGAUCUUUCUGACUUCCCUGCAUCUGAGACCCUUCCCCCUUCCCUGAGAGCUGGUUUUCCCUCCCUAUCCUUGGAACUGAGAUCCCCCCGCCUUCCUUCCAGCUACGAUCCCCCUGCUCUCCCCUGAAGCUGAGCUCACUCUGCUUUCCCUCCAUUCUCUGGGGGCUGGGAUCCCCCUCUCCUCCCCGCAGCUGAGAUUUCUGUGCCUUCCCUUGAAUCUGAGACCUCACCCCCCCCACCCCCCCCCCCCCGCCUUCCUUGCAGCUAUGGUCCCCCUGCCCGCCACUGAAGCUGAGGUCACUUUGCCCUCCCUUGAAGCUGAGAUCCCUCCGCCUUCCCUGCGUCAGAGAUCCCUGUCCCUUCCCCGGGUGCUGAGAUCAUCCUCCCUUGCCUGCAGCUGAGCUCUCUCUGCCUUCUGGAAGCCCUCUCUGUGCACGCAGGUCCCAGGUUGAAUCUCUCCCCUGAGAUCAGGACCAGGGCCUUUAUUACUGCUUUGGGGCCUCGCCCUCUGGACAUCCUGGUAGGUCAGCCUCCUGCACAGAAAGAGACUAGAGAUCCCUCUCUGGGAUCCUUCUUCCCCAGUUCAGUCUGCAGAAGACCAAAGCCUGGCCCAAUCAGGGAGUCUGGAGCCAGACGGAAUGGCCCCUGGGAGCCCCAGCCCCCCAGCCCAGGACUUGGUGACAUUCAGGGAUGUGGCUGUGAACUUCAACCAGGAAGAGUGGGGCCUCUUGGACCCUCCCCAGAAGAAGUUGUACAAGGAGGUCAUGCUGGAGAAUGCCCGGAACCUGCUGUCCCUGGGGCUUCCAGUUCCCAGAGACGAUGUGAUCUUAUACUUUAAGCAAAAGCAAGCACCCUGGGUGCUGGACCAAGAAUGCCUGAGGAGCUGCUCUCCAGAAAGUGAGAUGAGACUUGAAAUGAAGGAAAGUACUCAGAAGCAAACCAUCACUUGGAGAGAAAUCUGUGCUACACCUGAGAAAAUACACAUUGGAGAAAAACCUUAUGAAUGUAACCAGUGUGGAAAAGCUUUUAGAGAUAAGGCAAAUCUUACUGUACAUCAGAGAACCCACACUGGGGAGAAGCCUUAUGAAUGUAAGCAAUGUGGAAAGGCCUUUCCAACAAAACAAUCUCUCACUUUUCAUCAGAGAAUCCACACUGGGGAGAAACCUUAUGAAUGUAACCAGUGUGGAAAGACUUGUAGAUAUAAGCAAAAUCUUAUUAAACAUCAGAGAAUCCACACUGGAGAAAAAACUUAUGAAUGUAACCAGUGUGGAAAGGCUUUUAGACAGAAGGGACAUCUUACUGUACAUCAGAGAAUCCACACUGAUGAAAAACCUUAUGAAUGUAACCAAUGUGGAAAGGCUUUUAUAAAAAGAGAGUCUCUUACUGUACAUCAGAGAAUCCACACUGGAGAGAAACCUUAUGAGUGUAACCAUUGUGGAAAGACUUGUAGAUAUAAGCAAAAUCUUAUAAAACAUCAGAUGAUCCACACUGGAGAGAAAACUUAUGAAUGUAACUACUGUGGGAAAGCUUUUAGACAGAAGGGACAUCUUACUAUACAUCAAAGAAUCCACACUGACCAGAAACCUUAUGAAUGUAGCCAGUGUGGAAAGGCUUUUAGACAAAAGGGAGAUCUUACUGUACAUCAAAGAAUCCACUGUGGAGAAAAGCCUUAUGAAUGUAACCAAUGUGGAAAAGCUUUUAGAAAAAGGAGAUAUCUUACAGCACAUCAGAGAAUCCACACUGGAGAGAAACCUUAUGAAUGUAACCAAUGUGGGAAGGGUUUUAGACAAAAGGGACAUCUUACUGUGCAUCAGAGAACCCACAAUGGAAAGAAACCUUAUGAAUGUAAUUAAUAUGGAAAAAGUUUCAUAAAAACCUGAUUGUUUCUCACAGAUCCGUGAGGAGAUGUCCAGGCAUCAGAAUAAGGAAGAAAUUGGAUUUGGGAGAGAUCAUUCGGAGAAGAUGGUUGUGCGAUUGCCUUCCAUAGUUAGCCUUCUCUACCUUUAACCCUAUGGGAGGAUGAGGAAGGGAAAGUAAACAGUGACUAGAGAUAGGAGACAGCUUCAGAAGCAUAGUGGAUCCUUCUUUCCCCCCUGGUCCCCUACUUGAAUGGCUGUACAGUGGGAUUGAAAGAUCAAUAGAUUAGGAAUCAGGACAAGGGUUGAAAUUCUGGGUUCUGAACAUCUGUGUUCUUGUGAACUUACUUUAACUCCACAGGUUUUCAUUCUUUUAGAUUAGGGUUAGGAUCUCUUCUAGCUCUUAUUGCUUUGAGAACCCAAAGUGCAGCUUAAAGAUGAACUCCACUUAUUGCCGCUUCUUGCUGUAUCCUCAGCUUCAGAUUCAACUCAAUAACUCAGAACUUUCACCAAACUUUCUGGCUAUGAUUGGCAGUUUGGAGAGGUAGAAAGACAUGAGAAAUUCUAAAACUACAUCCUGAGAAGUCUGUCUUCCUAGCAAGUUGGCUUCUUAGUGCAAUAAACCCAUCCUUUGCCACGAACCUUGAGCCUGUAUUUACUAAGGUUUGUGAAUUCUUUCACAAAGCCUGCCACUGGCCAAGGGAAUCGAUCCCCUUGCUAUUAGGGGAUCUCUUACCCUCCAUUCUUGCAUCUCAUCGUUUGCUCCUCAUCAAUCCGCUGCCUGUUUCUGCCUCAUUUACUGCUUUCCAAUAUGACACUAAACUGUUUGACUACUACAUCCCAGGUCUUACUCACGCUGACCUUGUGGCAGGUCUAUUCAAAGCCUCGAUUCCUUUUUUUUCAGAACAAUUUGGGUAUCUUUCCCUGCCCUGGAAUAAAUUUACAAAAGUAAA